GGCUUCCUUCUCCUUAUCGCUUAGGUUUGUGUUUUCUAAACUUAAUCACGCGCAAAAAAAAAAAAAAUAAAUAAAGGAAGAAAAAAUUGCAGUCGGCUUGGUCGGAGAACAUGUCUUCGGGUCGAAGGAAAGCAAUUGAAGAGCUUGCUCGAGGCAGGGACUUGACAAAUCAGUUGCGGGAUCUCCUUAGUAAAUCUCUCGGAGAUGAUGGUUUGUUGGGAAGUGAAGAUCUAGUAACGAAAAUCUUGAACUCGUUUGCGAACACGCUUUCGAUAUUAAGAAGCAGUAGUGGUGACUAUGACGAGGUUUCCCAGAAACCCAGGAACAGCAACAUGAGUUGGGAUGGUCGGAAAUCCGAGGAAUCGGGAGAGAGCAUCAAGAGUUCAACACAAAAGGAUCGAAGAGGAUGUUACAAAAGAAGGAAGAGUGAACACUCAUGGACAAGAGACAGUCCUACUCUGAUUGAUGAUGGCCAUGCAUGGAGAAAAUAUGGACAGAAAGUAAUCCUCAACGCCAAACACCCAAGAAACUACUUCAGAUGCACCCAUAAGAAUGAUCAGGGCUGCCGAGCAACCAAGCAAGUCCAGCAGAUUGAAGACAACCCGCCAAAGUACCGAACAACAUAUCACGGCCAUCACACUUGCAAAAAUCUUCUCAAGGCUUCUCAACUCAUCCUGGAUUCCCCUUCCAAGGACUCGUCCAUACUCCUCAGCUUUGCAAACACCAACAAGCAAGACAACUCCAUUUUCUCAGCUUUCCCACCAGUGAAGCAGGAAAGCAAGGAAGAUAUGCCAAGUGACAUCACCUAUAACCUUUCCACAUCAUCACCCGAUUAUCUCCUGUCACCUGACCACUUAACGGCGUUCGAGUCAUCAGCUCAAAUGGCAGUGUUGUCGGCUGCAGAUCAUGCGGAUGUCAUCUCUGGAGUGGUCGAUUCUGUUGAUAUAGAUGACUUGCUUGAGUUUUGAUGGGGGGUUAGCUAGCUCGUCACCUGGAUGAACUGAUGAUAGAUAGAGUAGUUUCUUUUGUAAUCGUAAGUGUAGAAAUUCAUAUUGUGUUUUUCUCUUUUGAAAAAGAGCUGCGAAGUGCUAACAGCUCCUUGAAUGGCAAGAUGUAAAACUUCUCCCUUUCUAUGAACGCGUGCGUCCCCAUGUCAACAAUUAAGUA